AUGAUGCGCCCGCGUCUCUCGGAUUGUAGCCGCUGCCUGGCCCGCAGUAGGCUAUUCUCUACCACAGCACAGCGUACCGAGCAGAGCCAAAAUCCCCCCUUCCCGCCGAUGGAAGGGUACGCCCGACUCACAAACCGCGGACUGAUCUCCAUCACCGGCGCCGACAGCACAACCUUCCUCCAGGGCCUGACGACCCAGAACAUGCUAGUGGCAAGUGACCGCAACCGGAGCCUUCGAAGCACAGGCACGUACGCGGCAUUUCUCAAUUCGCAAGGCCGAGUUCUGAACGAUGCCUUCAUUUACCCGCUCCCCGGCGCAGAGGCCCAGGGUGCGGAGUCAGGCUGGCUAGUAGAGGUAGAUAAGAACCAGAUUCCCGCCUUGCUGAAGCACCUCAAAAAACACAAGCUGCGCGCGAAACUCAAGCUCCGCGCUCUGGAGGAAGGCGAGCGCACAGUCUGGUCCUCAUGGAACCUGUCAUGGAAGAACCACGCCAAGUCGCAACCGUGGGCGGUAUAUACUCGGGAGACAGGAUUCCCGUCACUCUUCGAGCCCACAUCUGAAAUGACCGGGUGCAUGGACAAUCGUGCUCCGGGCCUCGGAUCCCGCAUUAUCACACCUGGCUCGGACGAACUGCGCACCUAUUACCCGGAUAAGUCGCAUGUUCGUGGGGACGAGGUCCAGCUGGACUCGUACACCGUCCGUCGAUUUCUGCAUGGUGUUCCAGAGGGCCAGGCGGAGAUUAUCAGUGGAACGGCUUUGCCUUUGCAGUGCAAUAUGGAUAUGGCUGAUGGUAUCGAUUUUCGCAAGGGUUGUUAUGUCGGUCAGGAAUUGACGAUUCGUACGCACCACCGCGGUGUUACGCGGAAGCGUAUUUUGCCUGUUCAGCUAUAUGAUUUGGGUCAGGAGGGGCAAAAUGCCCCGGAACUCUUCGCAUAUGAUCCAUCUUUUCAAUUGACUUUGCCUUCUGGUGAAGCGGAUAUUGUUAAGGAUGGUGCGGCUACUCGCCGGGGCCGUAGUGCGGGGACAUUCCUUAAUGGCAUUGGCAAUAUUGGACUUGCGCUGUGCCGUCUUGAGGUUAUGACCGAUGUUGCCCUCAUGGGUGAAGAUCCUGCUCAUCCUGAUGAACACCACUUCAAGCUAUCUUGGGCUCCGGAAUCCGUGCUUUCGUUCCGUCUUGGCUCAGAGAAUUCAUCUCCAAAGGCAGGGGGGGUAAAACCCGCUUGUCGUAACCUUGAAGCAGAGGGUGAACGGGCGCGGGAACUUGUCGAGCAAUUAGAGGAAGGGGAGGAGGAAGCCGAAACGCGCCGAGACUAA